AGAGAGAGAGAGAGAGAGAUGCUAGUUGCUACCUUCAAGGCUUCAACGCAGCAGCCAAGGCUUUUUCCCAACUGUUCUGUGAUCUCUAAAAAUUCUAAUAAAUCCAGUCUAAAUUUCGGUUUUCCACCUGAAUUCGCCUUGUUAAUCCUUAAAAUCUGCAAAUUCUGGCUGAUUGCAAUUCGUGUUCCCGGUGAUUCGAACAAGAAGGUUUUUCUUCUUUUCUCACCCAAUCUGGAUGAGCAUAGAAGUACUAGUAGUGAUGAAGAUCAAAAGAUUCCUAUCUUUUCCUAUUUUUAUGGUGCUUUGUUUAAUGGCCUUUGUUUACUACACAACAGUUUUCAUUUUCAUUGAAGAUUGGUUGGGAUUAAAGAGCUCUGGUGGUGUACUGAACAUGUUGAUCUUCAAUUUUUUAGCUUUCAUGAGCCUCUUCUCUUUUGGUGCCUGUGUUCUUAUCGAUCCAGGGAAUGUUCCCUCCUCCUUUGUUCCCGAUGUGGAAGACGAUGGCGGCUCCGAUCAGAGGUCCAGAAAUAGUGGUGCACAAUCAAGAUACUGUGACAAGUGUUCCACCUACAAGCCUCCCCGGGCUCAUCAUUGCAGGGUUUGCGGAAGAUGUGUUCUGAGGAUGGAUCAUCACUGUCUGUGGGUAAAUAAUUGCAUUGGCUAUUCAAAUUAUAAGCCCUUUGUAGUCCUCAUCACAUACGCAGCAGUAGGCUGCAUAUAUUCGUUUGUCAUGAUUAUGAGUGGUGCAAUUCAGAAGGAUUGGGAAUUUGGUUCCCUCAAGAUGUUAUAUAUUUCAUGUGGGACAAUUAUUGGUUCUUUAUGCUUGAUUUUGGGCACUCUCUUGGGUUGGCACAUCUAUCUCCUUGGCCAUAAUAUGACGACAAUUGAGUACCAUGAGGGAAUAAGAGCACAAUGGUUAGCUAGGAAAUCUGGAAAAAUCUAUCAUCACCGGUAUAAUGUUGGGUUCUACAGAAACAUUGCUUUGAUAUUGGGUCCAAAUACGCUGAAAUGGUUUUGUCCAACUUCAAUUAGCCAUCUCAAAGAUGGAAUUAGCUUUCCUGCUGUACGUGAUGGUUCAUAACAUCUGCCAGCAUGUAGACCAUAAAAUGUUAUGGCCUGUGAGGCAUUAAAGCAGUUUCAGAAUGAUGCGAUUUCUUUUGCCUUUAUUUUUUUCUGGAUCCUAAGGUGGAAACAAGCCUACUCCAUUUAGUUGGGGGCUAAGUUAUUGUUGUUGUAAGGUGGAAACAUGCUUGAAAGAAGACAAUUAACAUGCAACAGCCAGAGUUCUUUCUGGGCCACCAUGGCUAAGAUCUAGAAACCAAAUGAUUCAAAGCAAAGUAGCAAGAUUGGGUUUAUAUUUAAAGCCCAAGAGUCACAGAUUGCAUACUUACACAACAAGGUUAUCAUUGGAAUUGUUCAUAUGGGAGAAGAUUUGGAAAAGGAAAUUUAGUAAGCAUUUUGUAUGCUCAUGUUACGAAGAACACAUAUGUAUCUUGUUUCUUGAUAAAUUAUUCAUGUGCAUUUUUUUUUCA